AUGAUCACGUUUGGUGACAAUACAGACAAAAAGUCACUGACAUCUGUCGACUUGCAAUUCUACAGGGAUACAGUUGCAUUUGGCCCGUUGGUCCUCGAGAACCAGACGUUUGGGGCGGUGAAAGACAGCCAGGGCCAGGCACAAGGCAUCCUGGGCCUGGCGCCCGACCUGCAGGCAGGCUUCAACGACUCAUCGCCGUACAGCCUGGUGCUGAGUAGUAUGGUCAAUCAAAAUCUCAUUGCCAGCAGGGUGUUUUCGCUGAAUUUGCGUCACUCGGACGACAAGUCUGGAUCCCUAAUUUACGGUGGGCUGGACCGCAGCAAAUUCAUGGGCCGGCUGGAAAAAGUACCCAUCGUCAACGGCCUGCUGGGCGAGCCCCGGCUGGCCGUGUCACUGGACACGCUGGGCGUCACGCUGCCGCAGUCGAACAUACAGUUCAGCAACCCGGUCCUAGGCCUCUUUAGGAGCGUCAUGCUAGACUCGGGCACGACCAUCUCGCGGCUGCAGUCCAACGUGGCGAUGCCAAUAAUAGAAGCGUUGCGCGGGCCCUCUGAAUCGAAGGAUUCCCUUGUGGUUCCUUGCUCGAGUCAGGAUCUGCCGGGGUCGGUGGACUUUGGGUUUGGCGGCACAACGAUCAGGGUGCCGUUGAAGGACUUUAUUCUGAAAAUCGGUGCUCUGUGCUACGUGGGGAUCACCUUGACGAGCGGGCAGCAGAUUCUGGGUGACACGGUGCUGCGAGCCGGGUACUUUGUGUUUGACUGGGACAACAAAGCGGUGCACAUCGCGCAGGCGGCGGCGCAGGGGCAAAAGUGCGGCAAGGCGGAUAUUGUGGCGGUUGGCAAGGGCGAAAACGCAGUGCCUUCUCCGGUCCAGGGCAAGUGCAGCGACAUGUCGCCGCCUCUCCAGACGGCGUCGGCGUCGAUGUCGGCCAGCAAGCCGACGAAGACCAAGGUAGCCGGGCAGGUAGGCAAUGAUGCCAGCAUGGUGACGACCACGUACACGGUGACGGCGUGCCCCGCGAUCGAUCCCUUCUGCGAGACAGGGGUGGUUCGGACGGCCACUGCGGUAGCGUCCCCGGGGGGCAACAGCGGGAGCGGAAAGGAUAGCGAGAGCGGGAAGAGCAGCACCAACCCCGACAGUGAUGCGAAGGACAGCGGUGUCGGGAGGUAUGGCGUGGUCGGGUCGCUGGUUGCGGUGCUGUGCUCAGUCAGCAUAGGCGGUAUGAUUGUUGCUUGGAUUUGA